AUGGCUAGAAACUCCUCGCUGGGCGCCUGCUGCCUCGCCUUGACUUCAGCCUUGGGGAGCGGUAAAGUCGCCUUGCCCGGCACGAAUCCGUACCAAGUGUCCCGGGAAUCCUAUUUCGCUAGUCAAAACACCGAUCUGCAGCCGUUGUGCGUGGUGUUCCCAGACUCGGCAGAGGAUGUCUCUAGCGUCAUCACAAGACUAGUCGCAACUGAUGCAAUCCUGCCUGAACACGAGCAAAGUGGCUGUUACUUCGCCAUCCGCUCUGGCGGCCACAACUCGUUCGGUGGAGCAUCCAACAUUCAACAUGGCAUCACUAUCGACCUUCGCGCUUUGAACACUAUCCGGGUCCAGUAUCCGCCAGAAAAAAGUGCAUUCCCCAAUGUCUACAUCGGGGCAGGAGCCACCUGGGGGGACGUAUACGGUCAGCUCGACUCGGUGGGCCUCGCGGUGGCUGGGGGCCGCGCUGCCCAGGUCGGGGUCGGCGGUCUGACACUCGGAGGCGGCAUCUCGUACUUCUCGCCACGACAUGGUUGGACAUGCGACAACGUGAUUGGCGCGGAGAUCGUCCUGGCCAAUGGAACGAUCGUGCACCUCAAUGAGGCAGAGCACUCGGUGGAGCUGGCCGCUCUGCGCGGGGGCGGGUCCAACUUCGGGGUGGUGACGGGCUUUGAUCUACGGGCCUUCCCGCAGGGACCAAUCUACGGUGGCAGCGUCCGAUAUAUGAUAGGUUCCGUGGAUGCGCAGCUGCGCGCGUUCGCCGAGCUGAGUGACCCGAAGGGUCAGGUGAACUACGAUGAGAAUGCCUCGUUGAUCACCAGUUUUGCAUUUGCAGGUGGCCAGGGCUCCGAGGUGGUGAAUAGCAUCGUGUAUACGGGGGAGUUGAAGGACAAUGAUGAACACCCGGCCGUGUAUGAUGCAUUCUUCGAGAUCCCUCACGUGUCCAGCACGUUGCGCAUAGCUCCUUUGCACGACGUGGCCAUCGAACAGGGCUCAUUUUCACCGAGGGGAAAAAGGCAAUUGAGUGUAGUGACUACACAUAACUCCACAGUGCCUAUGUUGAAUGCGACUUAUAUGCGAUGGAAUGCCAGUUUAGCAGCCAUACAACAGGUGCCGGGCAUCGUCUGGUCGAUUUCGCUCGAGCCGUUACCCCCUGCUAUCUACGCGCGGGCCCCGGACCGCAAUGCGAUGGGGCUAUCGGACUGCGAGGAAUCUCUGGUCGUGACGCUGCUGAGCGCCACCUGGGACGAUGCGGCGGAUGACACCUUGGUGGAGGAAGCAGCGCGAACGCUGUUCUCGGGGAUUGAAGCCGACGCGCAUUAUUUGGAGGCAUACCAUCCGUUUGUGUAUCUGAAUUAUGCAGCUCAGUGGCAAGAUCCGAUCGCUAGUUACGGUCCCAAGAGCGUGGACAUGUUGCGGCGUGUCAGCCGGGAACUCAAUCCGACAGGUGUCUUCCGGCAGAUGAUGCCGGGAGGGUUUAAGAUUCCCUUGUGA